UAUAGAUGCGCUGCUGCUGUUGCUGAAGGAUGUGGCUGUGAGCGCGGGGGUGAUGAAACCUGGGAGGCGCUUGAGUCGCUCACAUCAAACCACCCAAUGCAGUAAAAGCACAAGAGCUGUAAUGGCAAUCGGUGGUUUACAAUGCAGCAGUGAGGGAGCACGGAGUGUGUGAGAGAGAGCCCGGCCAUUUCAUCAGCACCUCGGCAUGCGACUGUCGCUCUGACUCACUGACAGCCAUGCACAUCAACGGGGGCCGAUUGGCUUCAUGGAUCUGCUGUGUGAUUGGAUCCAUCCAUCUGGCUCAUGCCAUCACCCGGGCAGGAAAUGGCUGGAUGACAGGAAUGCAGAGAAAGAAAGAGAACAGCAUCCUAGGGAUGGAAGACACAGUACCAUUGCGUUUGAUCUUUAGCAAUGAGGAGGACAAUCAGACCACCCAAGGAUUGCUCAGCACCAGAGUGAGAGCAGGGAGCCCUCAGCACCAGCACCAGCUCACUCACGUUGCCCAGGCCAGCUUUCAGGUUGAUGCGUUUGGGUCUUCCUUCAUCCUGGAUGUGGAACUAAAUCAUGACUUGUUGUCUUCAGACUACCGGGAAAGACAUGUAACCCAGGAUGGGAAAACAGUAGAGGUUAAAGGCGGAGAACAUUGUUAUUACCAAGGCCAAAUAAGAGGAAAACCCAGAUCUUUUGUGGCUCUUUCAACCUGCCAUGGACUUCAUGGGAUAUUCUGUGACGGAAACCAUACGUAUCUUAUUGAACCAGGAGAGAAGUACAACCCAAAUGAGGACUAUCAGUUCCAUUCUGUAUAUAUAUCAAAAGUACUUGAAUUUCCUCUGGAUGAGCUGCCGUCUGAAUUCUGGUCACUGAAUAACACAUCUGUAAGGCUGAGCCAGCAAACAAGAAGCCAAAGGAAAAAAAGGCAGACUCGGCGGUAUCCACGCAAUGUCGAAGAUGAGACCAAAUAUGUUGAACUUAUGAUCGUUAAUGACCAUUUAAUGUACAAAAGGCACCGUUUAUCAGUUGGUCACACAAACAGCUAUGCCAAAUCCGUCGUGAACAUGGCAGAUUUAAUAUACAAGGAGCAGUUAAACACAAGGAUAGUGCUGGUGGCAAUGGAAACGUGGGCAACUGAUAACAAGUUCAGCAUUUCUGAAAAUCCAAUGCUGACUUUAAAGGAGUUCAUGAAAUACAGAAGGGAUUUCAUCAAAGACAAAAGCGAUGCUGUCCACCUCUUUUCGGGAAGUCAAUUUGAGAGUAGCCGCAGUGGUGCUGCAUAUAUUGGUGGAGUGUGCUCACUGUUAAAAGGAGGAGGUGUAAAUGAGUUUGGAAAACCAGAUGUAAUGGCCGUUACUUUGGCUCAGUCCCUGGCUCAUAACCUCGGAAUAUUCUCAGACAAGAAGAAGUUGUUAAGUGGUGAAUGCAAGUGCGAGGAUACGUGGACUGGAUGCAUCAUGGGAGAUAUUGGGUAUUACCUUCCAAGCAAGUUCUCCGUUUGUAAUAUAGAAGAAUACCAUGAAUUUCUAAAUAACGGGGGAGGAGCUUGUCUGUUCAAUAAGCCACUUAAGCUUUUGGAUCCUCCCGAAUGUGGAAAUGGCUUUGUUGAGGCUGGAGAAGAGUGUGAUUGUGGCACUAUUGCGGAGUGUGCUGUGGAAGGAGAGGAGUGCUGCAAAAAAUGCACCUUAACUCAAGACUCAGAGUGCAGUGAUGGGCUGUGCUGUUCUAACUGUAAGUUCAAUCCUAAAGAGAUGCCGUGCCGAGAAGCUGUAAAUGACUGUGAUAUACCGGAGACCUGUACAGGAAACUCAAGUCAGUGUCCUGCUAACAUUCACAAACUGGAUGGAUACGCAUGUGAAAGCAUGCAGGGUCUUUGCUUUGGAGGAAGAUGCAAAACUAGAGACAGGCAAUGCAAGUAUAUCUGGGGUGAAAGAGUGUCAGAGGCAGACAGAUAUUGCUAUGAAAAGCUGAAUAUUGAAGGCACAGAAAAAGGCAACUGUGGUAGAAAUAAGGAAACCUGGAUACAGUGCAACAAACAAGAUGUACUGUGCGGUUAUCUCUUGUGUACCAAUAUUUCCAAUGUACCGAGGCUGGGGGAGCUGGAUGGAGACGUGACCUUGUCUUCAAUUGUAAAUCAGGGAAAGCUGUAUAACUGCAGCGGAGGGCAUGUGAAGCUGGAUGAAGACACAGAUCUAGGUUAUGUGGAAGAUGGCACUCCUUGUGGUGCUGGCAUGAUGUGCCUUGAACACCGAUGUCUUCCCAUUGAUUCCUUCAACUUGAGCACCUGCUUGGGCAGCACUAACAAAAUUUGCUCAGGGAAUGGCGUAUGUAGUAAUGAGGUCAAGUGCAUCUGUGACAGGUUUUGGACAGGAGACGACUGCAGCAAUUACUUACCUUACAAUGGGAUUAUAAAACUGAAUGGAGACCGUAGAGAUGAAGGUGUGAUUAGCACAAACAUAAUCAUAGGAGCCAUUGCUGGGACCAUACUAGUGCUGGCCCUGGUGUUAGGAAUAACCGCAUGGGGAUACAAAAACUAUCGACGAGAAAGACAAAUACCCCAGGGAGAUUAUGUAAAAAAGCCCGGAGAUGCCGACUCUUUUUAUAGCGACUUGCCUCCCGGAGUCAGCUCAAACUCAGCAUCUAGUUCUAAGAAGAGGUCUGCUAUUCUGUCGCAUUUACAGAUAUCUGCCUGUUCCAUCCCACAUUAUUCCAUUAGUCAGAACAUUUCAUUAUUUUGCAGAAGGUCAAAUGGUAUGUCCCACUCGUGGAGUGAAAGGAUCCCAGACACUAAACAUGUCUCUGAUGUCUGUGAGAAUGGACGGCCACGAAGUAAUUCCUGGCAAGGUAAUGUAUCCAGCAGCAAGAAAAAGCUCAGAGGAAAAAGAUUUAGGCCACGGUCCAAUUCCACAGAGACUCUUUCACCCGCCAAGUCUCCAUCAUCAUCUACUGGAUCUAUAGCGUCAAGUAGGAAAUACCCAUACCCUAUGCCACCACUUCCAGAUGAAGAGAGAAAAGCCAAGAAACAAAGUGCAAGGCUCUGGGAAACCUCCAUAUAAACGAAUGGACAACACAUUGCUUCAUCAGUUAAAGGCACCACCUGCUGGAGACUUAUCUCCACCCCUCCAUCUAUCUUAUACUUCAUCCUGCCCCCCUGCCUCAUUCACCCAUCCAUACUAACGGACCAUGGACACAUCAGUGUUUACAGGGGACCCUCUUUACUGCUCUUAGCGACCAACUGCAACUUCUAUAUUCCUCAUUGGGGAUAACAAACAACGGCUUCCAGGGACACAGCAGAGAAAGAAGAGAGUAUUUUUAUGCAUGAGUAAAUAUGAAUAUCUUUGGAGACGCGGGUAUAAAUCUCACAUAGAGAAGACCACUCUUCAAGUGGCAGAAAGUCAAUGGGACCCAGUCAUUUGGCCGCAUGCGAUCACUAGGGAAGAUAAUGUCGAGUGCACAUUCAUUCCGGAUCUCCAACCAGAAGACAUAUUCCAGCGUAGCAUGCUGUCAUGGCGAAGAUGCAUUUUUUAUUUUUAUUUAAAUGGGCAAAUUUACGCCAAAAAAAAAAAAAUCAAUUUUGUACAUAUGUACAUUUUAAAUGGUAUAAAUACAUUUAUUACAUAGUAGCUUAUUUUGUCAAAUGCUUAAGAAGCCGUUCAGCAAGCGAAGCCGCCGCUUUGACAUGGAAGUAGAACAAUCCAACGAGCCCUGAAGGGAUUUGGCUGAUAUUAGACUGACAAUUACCCAUAGCUUUUACAUUUUACAUAGAAAUCGGUCUUUCCUAUGAAGCUAGAAAAAAAAAAAAGGAAAACGAAUGCUUUAAUAAGGUUCUUGACGAUGUUUUUUGCCAUAUUUUUU